CCCCUUUGUCGUUCAGUUUCUCUUCUUCACUCACACCUGUCUGCUACUUUCUUCUGCGUGUCUCUCUUUCGACCAUAUUCAGCAACUAAUUUGUCGACGCCAAACAAUAAUUCUUUCCCAAAGGAGAAACCCUGGAGGAAUCGAAUUUCUGUUUCGUCGAUUUUAAGAUUAUCAUUACAAAAAGGGGGGUGGAGUUCAAUUCGUUCUUCGAUUAAUUUCUUUCGAGGCGACGGCGGCGGCGACGGCGACGGCGACGGCGACGGCGGUUGAUUGGUUGAUGGUUGAUUAUGGAUUCCACGAGGUUUCCGGUUAAGGAGGAGUAUCCUGGCGGUGCCGCCGCCGCCGACGGCGGCGGCGGCGGCGGAGCUCCGUCAUCGUCGGGGAGUUUUUGGUGGCGGGAAUCGAGUGCGGCGGAGCAAUUGGCGCCGCGGCCGAUGGAAGGGCUGCACGACGCCGGUCCUCCGCCGUUUCUGACGAAGACGUUCGAUAUGGUCGACGAUGUCGGUACAGACGGCGUCGUUUCGUGGAGCCGAGGUGGUCAGAGCUUCGUCGUUUGGGAUCCCCACGCCUUCUCCACCACUGUUCUUCCCAGAUACUUCAAGCACAACAACUUCUCCAGCUUCGUCCGACAGCUCAAUACUUACGGCUUUAGAAAGAUCGAUCCCGACCAAUGGGAAUUCGCCAACGAGGCAUUCCUCCGCGGCCACAAGCAUCUCCUCCGCAACAUCCGCCGCCGCAAGGCCCCCCACCCCCCGCCAAUUCCGGCUCCCUCCUCCUCCUCCGCCACCGCCCCCUGCGUCGAGCUUGGCCGCUUCGGCCUUGAUGCGGAAAUCGAUCGCCUCCAGCGCGACAAACAUGUCCUAAUGAUGGAGCUCGUCAAGCUCCGGCAACAGCAGCAGCACACCCGGGACUACCUCCGAAGAAUGGAGCUCCGGAUUCAGGGCACCGAGCGCAGACAACAACAAAUGAUGAACUUUCUCGCAAGAGCGAUGAAGAAUCCCGACUUCAUCCAUCAAUUAGUACAACAAAAGGAGAAGCGCAAGGGCAUCAUCGACGACGCCGCCACCAAAAAACGGCCCCGACCGAUCGAGUCCGGACAAUCGAGCCGAAUUCCCGAAAACUCGUCGAUCAAAAUCGAGCCCCUCGAAUACAGGGGAUCUUUCCAAGUCUCCGAGCUCGAAGCCCUCGCAUUGGAAAUGCAGGGUUUCGGGCGCGGCCGCCGCCAAAUCGACAGCGCCGACGACGAUGACGAAGAAAUCGAGCAAUUGGGGAGUUAUGACAAGGAACUUGAUGAGGGAUUUUGGCAAGAAUUGCUUAACGAAGGAUUACAUGGUAAGGAUGUUCGAAAUCAAGAAAAUGAUGAUCAUAGUGAGGAAGAAAACGUUGAUGUUUUGGCUGAUAGGUUUGGGUAUUUGGGAUCAAGUCCUAAGUAAGUAAAAAUAGCAAUAAUUUCAGAUUUGUAGAUGUGUCUUAAUGACAAAAUCUUGCCUUUUUUAGACACCUGCAAGAGAUUUUCUUGCCACUUUGGUCAUCAUAUUUGUCUUAGGUUUCUUCUAUUGGGAUUUAUUUGUUCAUUUCUUUCUUCUCGAAAACUAACUCUUGAGAUUUUUAUUUUUA